AUGUCAACUCAAGAUCAUGUUUCCUGGUCAACUGUGGCUUCUCGUGGUGCUUCCAAGAAAGUCCUGCGUCCUCUUCCUGUCUCUGCCGAGACUGAUUCUCAAUUCAAGUUGAAAAGUAACACCCUUUUCCAUCAUCCUGAACUUGAUUACCAAAUUAUGGUACGCCAAGCUGCUUCUAUUGUCAAGCAAGCACUGACGCCUGGUUCUGUUUUGUUUUCGUUCCCCGCUUCACUUUUUAAGCAUCGGACAGAAGCUUAUGAACUCAUUGAAGAUCAUUGUGGUGCUGUCCAGGGAUUUCGUCCUAUUAGCAAUUAUGGUACUCGCUCUGCUGGUGAAUUCAUGGUUGAAGUUAAGUUUGUAAUGCCAACAAGCACUACAAAGGCAAUCACUCACGGUGUUAGUUACAAGAACUUGUUGUUUAAAGGCUCUCCUUCUGUUCCUAGAGGCAACAAUACACUUGUGCAUGUCAAGAUGACUCUUUUGCGAAUUCCGGACAAGGAUACGUUUCUGGCGGAUCUCAAAAGAUCUCUGCGUUAUUACGGUGAAGUGUACCAGGUGAACGAGUACACUUGCGGUGGGUACUUUGAAGGUGAGCUGUCGGUUAUCCUUGAUAUCUCGGCUGGCUAUAUUGAUGCUUCUGGUGAUAAGAACUGCCUGUUAUGGAUGAGAUCUCAACUGAUCUUCCCUCCCCCACCGUUGAGAGCCCCCAUGCUCAAGUCCUGUCUGACUCGGACACAGAUAUUUCGACGUGUCUACGUCCCCCAAGUUUGA